UGAUAUUCGAUGUUACACUGUUUAUAACUACGUGUAUUUGUAUGAAAGAACAUUUUUGUAUUUCUUUAUUACAGAGACGAUAACUAACAUGGGAUCUCAAGAUAUGCUACAGCUUGCUCAGAAGCUUCUGAAUGAAUUCAAAGGUUACGUCGCUGCAAUUGUUGUCGGACUGUUAUUUAUAAUAACAGUGCCACUUGUUGGCGCGUGCUUCUGCUGUUGUCGUCUGUGCGGAUUUUGUGGCGGGAAAAGAGUUCAGGAAGCAACCGAUGGGAUUCACUGUAAACGUCGAGUGUUUGCUUGUCUGCUCUUUGUUACAACAGUCUUUAUAUUGGUUGGCAAUAUUUGUACGUAUGUUAAUAAUGACAGGAUGACAACGGCGCUGGAGAAAGUCGCCGGUAUAGUAGACAAUAACCUGAAUGACAUUGACACGUUCUUAAACGUCACUGUAGAGCAAGCAAAGGUCAUAGGGGUAAAAAAUCUUGGAACAACAAGAGCAGCGAUCGAGAAUAAACUGGAUAAUACAGCGAUGGAGAAAGAAAUCAGUAGUUUUGCAGUGAACUAUUUAUCAAACGGAGCACUGGACAAGAUGGAACUUAAUAUACAGUCAGCUGUGAAGGCAUUUGAUGCUGUAUCAGAUAAGACAACACAAGCAAGUAAUGCUUACACGACAAUGAUGACAAGUUGUUCCGCUGCAGGCACCUGCACAGUAAUUCAGUCGGCCAUUCCGACCGAUCCGCUAGCUACACGAGGAUUAACUACCGCUCAGAAAAAUGAUUUCAACAGUUUUAAGAACAAUGAUGCAGUAAAACAGGUUAAAGACGAAAUUGGGAAUAAUAUAAGAUCCAAACUUCCUAAUUUAUCAGGAAUGAAAGCAAAUGUAGGCACCGCAUUUGAUAAAAUGCAAACCAAAGUAAAAAAAUAUGUUACUGACAUCGAAAGUUUUAAAACAGAAGCCAAAGACGGUAUAGAUAUUCAGUCUUACAAAGAUCAAGCUAGGGAUUUCACAGACACUGCACAAUCAUUCGAUAAAUACAGGCACAUUGGCGGCAAUGUCCUCGGAGGAAUUAUAACACUUAUUGUACUCCUGCAAUUCUUCGGCAUGGUUUUUGGCUCGGUCGGUCAAGGUCUGAGGACUCUACCAGUAGAUAGGGGCUGUGUCUCAAACUCUGGUGGUAACAUGUUAAUAGCGUCUGUCGCUUUUAUCUUCUUGUUCUCUUGGCUCCUCAUGUUACUGACGACGCUCACUUUUGCGGUCGGUUCUAUCCUUGAGAGGUUUGUUUGUCAGCCGUUAUCACCGCCAGAUUUUGAACUCCUUAAAGUUGCUGACAAACAGUUCGACACUAGGAAAAUGUUUGGAUCUUCAUUGGCACAAGUGCUGAAGGAUUGUCGGGAUGGAAAGGCGGCAUAUGAAGCAUUCCACUUAGACGCUAAAGGCUUCAGUUUAUCUGACCUGGAUACAACUCUAGCGGCACAGCUAACGAGCAUUGAUACAGAAAUGGACAAUGCUUUAAGUGGUUUGAGCGGAAGUAGUGGUAUAACUGCUGGAGCAGCCGUGAAUAGAGCCACCCAAAGUCUAACGCAGCUACAGACAGUACUCAGUGCCUUGGAUUAUACUGUCAUU